UUCGUAGUAUUGGCCUGACGUUGAGGCCUCCAGUCUUUAGGGGGCAGCAACACGCCAACGGUGCGACUUGAGGAAGAAGAAGUAGUUCCUUUCAGAGACAUGGCGUCCUCCUGCCUUUCGACAGGCAACGUGAUCACCCGAUAAAAUGAGAAAGUUUCCUUUUAAUCGAACAAUUCCCGUCGGCACGUUAGAAAAAAUAGUCCGUUGUAUAUGUAAGAACAGCAAGACUGCACUCCAGGAUCUUUCUCUGUAACGAAUAUCCUGCUGUCAGCACAGAGAUGGCAUCUUUUAAACCCACAAAAAUCCCAGAUUAUCCAAAACUUGGAGAAAAAGUCACACAAGACACAUUGUACUGGAAGAACUACAAGGCGCCUGUCCUGAUAAAAGAAUUUGGAGCAGUCUCAAACAUAGACUUCUCUCCUGUGGCCCCACAUAACUUUGCUGUGACAGCGUUCACGAGAAUUCACAUUUAUGGGCCUUUUUCCCAUGAGCCCGUCAAGACUUUUACCAAAUUCAAGGACACUGCGUACUGCGGCAGGUUCAGGUCCGACGGGCAGCUGCUUGUUGCAGGGUGUGAAGACUCUGUGGUCCGGCUGUUUGAUGUCGGCGGCAAGGUGGCACUCAGGAUGUUCAAGGGCCACACAAAGGCUGUGCACGUAACAGACUUCACCUCAGACCGCUACCAGAUCCUCACGGGGUCGGACGACUACACCUGCCGGCUCUGGGACAUCCCAAAUGCUGCUGAGCUCACCUCCUACCAAGAACACACAGAUUACAUCCGCUGUGGUGUUACCAGCAAACUGAACAGAGAUCUCUUCAUCACCGGAUCGUAUGACCACUCGCUGAAAGUGUUUGAUGCCAGAGCAGAAAAGAGUGUGAUGACGAUGGACCACGGCCAGCCGGUGGAGAGUCUCCUCCUCUAUCCCACGGAGGGGCUGCUUGUUUCAGCAGGUGGACGCUAUGUCAAAGUGUGGGAUCUUCUGAAAGGAGGCCAGCCUCUGGUGUCUCUGAGGAACCACCAUAAAACGGUCACCUGUUUGGCCCUCAGCAGCAACGGGCAGAGGCUGCUGUCAGCCUCUCUGGACAGGCAUGUAAAGGUGUACAACACAACCAGCUACAAAGUGGUCCACAACUUUGACUAUGAGGCUUCUAUCCUCAGUCUGGCUCUAGCUCCUGAGGACGAGUCCAUUGUCGUGGGUAUGACCAAUAGUAUACUGAGCAUCAAAAACAGGAAAAGCCCCGAAGACUCAAAAGAAAAAACCAGCCAGCAGAGGCGGCGACCAUCUUAUCGGGUUUUUGUGAAAGGAAAGAACUACGUCCCCAAACAGGGUGAUUAUCUGGUCAGUAAACCGGUGAGGCAACAUCUGGCCAAAUAUGACAAGCAACUCAAGAAAUUCAACGCAUCUAAAGCUUUGGAUGCUGCCCUGCUGACAUGGGUGAGACUGAAAAAGCCAGAGGUCACCGUGGCGGUCAUGAAGGAGCUGGACCGGAGGGGAACUCUGAGGAACGCGCUGGCGGGACGGGAUGAGCAGGACCUGUCACGCUUCCUCAGCUUCCUCAUCGGUAACUUGGUCGACAUCAGGUUUGCUCCUGUCCUGGUAACUGUGGCCGACAUGAUCCUGGACAUCUAUCACUCUGUGAUGGGCCAGUCGUCGGUGGUGGACCGACAGCUGCUGCGUCUGGAGGAGCUGAUGGACAAAGAGCUGGAGUGCCAGAAGGAGCUCCUGAGUGUUUUGGGCAUGUUGGACACAUUGUUUGCUUCCUCCCUCCCUCGGAAGGAGGUGCCCUGCUCAGACACCGGCAGGUCUAAUGGCCUGGCUCAGGGCGAAACGAGUACAUCGAGACCACAGCUUCAAGCCACCUGAAUGUCUUUUUGGGGGGGCAAGUGUUUUAUAGGUCUAAAAUGUAUUAUUUGAAAUGUCUUGACACCAUAGUUCACAUUUGCAGGCACCAGAUCUGCUUGGGGUCUUGAAUUAAAUGGUCCUCUAACAGGCUUUGCUAAUGGAUACAAGCACUGUUUAAAAGUGUCAUUCAGCAGUUUCCUUUUUUGGAUCCAGGAAAACCAGCUGACGCCACAUAAACAUCCUUGGACUGAACUAAUGUUAGUAUCUAACGUUGUUCUGUGCUGAAAUGGAAUUAAAAUACUGUAUUUAGAAAAUAGGUGGUUGUGAGAUCUGGAUGAUUUUUAAAUGAAAGCUCCUCUCGUCAACAAGGCACAUUUUAGCAGGUUGCAACAUCUUUUUCAUUUUGUGGGCCGAACCUGGAAGGCUGUUUAUUUUAAAAAAGGAACAAGCACUUUUCUGGGCUGCAUAGGUACCUCAGUGUCAGGAGAAAAUGUAAAUACAGAUAUAAAACAAAUGUUUUUCAGUCCUGUUGCACAAUAGAAAUAGCCUGUUUUUAUACUGGCAAUUUUUUGAGCAACAAUAUUGAAUUAAUAUGCUUUUUAGAGGAUGCAUUGAAUGUGUGAUGAUCUUAUAAAGCAGGAUCCCAAGCUGAUCUAGUUCUGUAUGCUUGUGCCUUUUGUAACUAGCUGGAAAAAUGCUCUUUUCUACUGUGAAUGGUUUUCUCAGACUAGUAUAGAUACAAUGGGUCUUUUAUUUUAAUUUUAUUUUUUUUAACUCAAUUUUAUUAUAAAUAAUGUUCAUAAUUGUUUUAAACUCUGAAAUGAAAUAGAAAACGUUGCAUGCUUUGUCCAAAUAUAGAUUUAGCAUUUUCCGUGUUAAACUCUUCAUUUGUGUGGUAAACGAUCACUGAAAAGGUGAUAUAGUUAGGCUGCAGGUUGAGGCGCCAUUGUUAAAUUAACGAGACUAAAGUCGUAUCAACCAAUCACCACAGAGCAUACCUCCCGUUUCUGAACAAAUCAACCAAUGGCAGCCCGACUUCUCUCAGGUCAAUGUUAGCCAAACUAUACAGGGCCACUUUAAGAAGUAAGCAAACACGAUGACAUUUAAAAUAUGUGCCCGUAAAGCCUUACUUUUAUUCGAAGUUUUGUAAUGAUUAAUGUCAAUGCGAGCGUGUACGAGUGUGAGCAAUUGUUUCCUAUGAAUGUCUGCCUUGAGUUUUAAUAUUGUCCGGGAGUUUUUUCAAAAAUAAGAUUAAAUCAAUCUCU